AUGUGCGGGAUUCUCGCAAAGUUUCGAGGGAGGUCGAAUGGUGACUGGAUUGACCGAAUGUCUCAUGUUUAUACAACAUCGAUGUUUAUCAUCUUUACUUUUGUAGUUGGUUUCGUUCAAUUUUUUAAAGAUCCGAUACAAUGUUGGACUCCAGCAGAGUUUACAGACUCGAUGGUGUCUUAUACCAAAAACUAUUGUUGGGUGCAGAAUACGUUCUACGUUCCCAUGUUUGAUCAAAUCCCGGGAAAUAUUUCCGAGAGUCAGGAUGCACAAGUUACGUAUUAUCAGUGGGUUCCAUUGAUUUUGAUUUUCAUGGCUUUCUUAUUUAAACUUCCGAAUGUCGUUUGGAGAAUCUUUAACGGUGGGUCUGGAAUGGAUUUAGAUAAUGCGGUACAAUUCGCAGAGGAGUCACAGCUUGUAUCGAUUGAGGAUCAAGAAAUAUCGAUAAAAUCCCUAGCUAAUUUUAUGGACAAAUGGUUGAUCGCAAGCGAUGCAAAGAAUGGUAUAGCAAAACAAAUUGCCGCGAAAUAUUUAGUAAUACUCUAUCUAUUUGUCAAGAUCUUGUAUGUUUUAAAUGCAAUAGGACAAAUAUUUCUUUUGAAUGCUUUCCUUUCUACUAGUUUCAACUUUUAUGGUUUUGAGUUUUUGGAAAAUUUAAGCAGCAAUAGGCCUUGGAGGGAAUCACCAAGAUUUCCAAGAGUAAUCCUUUGCAAUUUUCAGAUAAGACAGCUUCACGCUGUACAGAUAUUUACCGUGCAAUGUGUUUUACCCAUCAACCUUUUCAACGAGAAGAUCUUCAUCUUUAUAUGGUUCUGGCUGGUUUUCAUCGCUAUUUUAGCAGUAUUUAAUCUUUUCAUGUGGAUUAAAUUACUAAUGCUUAACUUCAACAAGACACAAAACUGCAAAAAGUACUUGAAAAUAAACAACGCACUUCACACAAGCCUUGACAAACAACUUUGUGACCAGUUCGCAGAAAAUUACAUGCGUGAAGAUGGAGUUUUUGUACUGCGAAUGAUCGCGAUAAACUCGACUGAUCUAGUCGUUACAGAUCAAGUUAAAGAGCUGUGGGAAUUGUACAAAAAUAAACAAAGCACAGUCAAAAAUGAUGAAGCCAAAGAAUUAAAACCAGAAAUGGUAAUGAUGAUGACAUUUAAAAGCCUCUGAAUAAUGAAUACUUAUGACAUUGACACUAAGUGACUUAUUUGUCUAUCCAAAGUCUUCCAGAUCAAAUUGUUUGUGGUUCAAGAUCAGAGAAAUUAUCGUAUUCGUUGCAUUUUCAUGAUAUAUAAUUUCUAUGGCUAGGAAAGUUCAUGUAAAUGGGUAAUUUUGUAUCUUUCUUUAUUUUUCCUUAUGGUACAAACAUAUAAAAGAAAAGGAGCACUUCGUGAUUCAUCUAGUUUUUUUUAUUGAAAACUUGAUGUAUCACUAAGGAGCAAUAAACCAUAGAGAAAUUUGCCAACAUUUCCAAAAGUUACCUUUUGCGAUUAGCAGAUAAGACAGCUCUAGAAUAUUCAAAAAUUUACCCUAUCCAAAGAAAAACUCUUCAUCUGUUUUGACAGUAUGCAAUCUAUGUAUGUGGAUUUAUUUGGUCAUUUAACGCUAACAAAACACAGCACUGCAAAAAGUACACGAGAAUGGAUUAUUAGCUCCUAACAAAGAUUUAUAUAAAAAAAUUGCAUCAUAUUCGAAGAAAACUACAUUCGUGACGAUGAUCUAUUAGUGCUGAGUUGUUGUGAAAUAUUCGUGUGAAACGGUUGUUACCGAAGCCGUUAAAAAGAUUUGAACAAUAUACAAAAUCAAGAACGGAUUCCCACAACAAAUGAACAUGUCGCAUAAUUGAAUUAAGUUGUUAGGUAAGCCAUGUAUACCAAGAAUUUAUAUUUUCCAAUUCAUCUCUGUACUUUUGAAAUUAGAAAAUAAUUGUUUUAUCUCGAUUUUCUAAAAAUAUUACUAUUUUGUGUUUCAAUUUAUCUUUGACAUCAAUUCGCUGCUUCAGAAUCUGAUACAUUCUGGGUAAUUUUUUCAAAAGCGUACAUCAAAACGUUAUGAUUGGUUUAAAACGUACUAAACAAUGGAAAUUCAACCAAUGACGUAACGUUAUUUUCAGUUUUGUGUACGAACAAUGAGAUUACCCAUAGUCCUUUAGAUUCUGAAAAGGCGAAUUAUCAAUGUUUAUUAACAUAAAUGUACAAAAAUGUACCGUGUGGUAUAGUGCCGUAUUGCUACUCUGUCCGAUAAAUUAAACAAAAUGGCUAGGUCAA